CAAACGCCUAGCCUAAGGCUCAACAAAUAAAGUAUUGUAGUGGACAGUGGUUAAUUUCAACUGCCCCAAAGUGAAAUAUUUUCUGUUAUAACACAGCAACAGUACAUCACUAUCGCUAGUCAACAGAUCAGCAUUGGAUUUUGAACCGGUACGAGUCAACACACCGAAAACACGUUAUUUCCAAUUUUAGGUUAGAUUGGAUAAGGUUAAGUUACUAUCGCAAAGUGUAAUUUGAGUGAAAACAUAAUCGACUAAUAUUAUUCUUCAGAAAUGGACUCGGAUAAACCAAAAGGCAGCAGUGGACUGGAUCCAAAAAUAAAGAUCAAAGUAGAACCGGGUACAUCAGGAUCAAUGUCAACAAAUGUAAAAAUUGAGACUGGUCUACCACCCACGAGACUUACUUCGUUCAGAUCACCGCGAGACUGGACGCUAGGCGGGCAUGUGAAACUAGAAAAACCAAAAAAACUGUAUACUCCAAACUUGAACGUACAGCGAAAUAAAGCUAAAGAUGAUAACACCACUGUAAAAAAUAAUACAAAAGUUCCAAGAGAACGAGGUCGCGGAAGAGGACAAGGUGCAAGAGGUCGAGGCAGAGGAAAAGUUUCGGAUAACAUUAUCCAGACUGAUGGAGUGUUCUCCAGUGGUAUAGCAGAUUCUUCACGAGCCAAAAAAAGAUCCAGUGGUUACAGAGACAGUAGCGAUUCGAGCGGUAAUCGAAGUGCCAGUACUGUUUUAGAAAAACAAAAACUAAAUUUAAAUCAAAAGAUUGAUAAAGCUGAAGAAGAAGAGAAGCUCAAGCAUCUCCUUAGAGAUGAUUUUAUCGAAAAUGGAGCUGUACCAGAUAUGGAAAAUGCCCCAGUGAUGCUACCUAUGGCUGAUGAUGCACAAUUAUACAAGAAAGAAUUCAGGGAAGAACCUCAAGUAAUAAAGGCUGAUGGUUCAAGUGAAGAUGUAAAACCAGUAAUCUUAGAAAACGGAAAAGUAUCAGAAGAACAUAACACAGCAAAACCUUCUUUACUAAAGAAAUUAGUAAAAGAAGAGAAAAAACUUAUUACUAUUCCACAAAUUGUUGCAAACGAAGCAAAUAAUUACAUUUUAUUACAGUUUCCCGAUUGCCUACCUGGACUUAGAACAGACGAUGAAUUAAGUGACCCGAAAGCGAGAAGAGCAGCCGAUUUAGGUUCAGCAAAUCCUAGUGAUACCAAUCCAAAGACUGAAUACUGUACAUUAAAAAACUUGAAGGAAGGAAUGCUAGGGAAAUUACAAAUACUAAAAUCUGGACAGGCGAGACUUGUUUUAGGGGAUAACAGAUUAAUUGUAGAUGUGGGCUCGAACAUUAGUUUCAGACAAGAUCUAAUCGCUGCCAAAUUAGACCUUGAAAAACUUGAAGGCGAACUUAUUAACCUUGGCUCAGUCAGCAGUACCCUUAUUUGCUUACCCGACUGGGAAUCAAUGUUAGAUAAUCUUUGAACUUAUGAGAAAAGAUAAAAUGAAUUCUUCUAACUUAUUAAUUGUACUAGAUAUUAAUCUAGUAUUCUAGCAGCUGUAAAAUAAAAACAAAUCUGAGGUUCAAGGACC